UGUGGAUAGUGAGGGGUCUCGCACGCCGGGAGCUGAGGGUCUGUGUCAAGAGCUGCAGGACCUGUUAAGGCAAGAGAAAUGGGUCCUUCUCCGGGCGGGGCGCCGAAGAGACGAGUUCGGCAGAAAAGGGAUGUGUAGCAGAAAAGUUGAACUUUCAGGCCCUGGUGGGUUCUUUCCUGAUGUCUGGCUGGUGUGGGCGGCAGUAAGCUUCAGAAGCACAGGAUCAUUGAAGUCUGAGACCUAAAUAUUGGAUUAAGAUUUGUCAAUUGAUAAGAGGCUGGCACUGGCUUUCCCACAAUGGCAGAGGUUGUGGCUGAGGUGGCUGAGCUGCCAGCACAGUCACCAGGGACAGUGGAGAUGCCUAUAUCCAUGUCAUCCAUGUCGGGGGAGAUGGCAGAGAUAGCAACAGAAGUGAUGGAAAUGACACCCGGGGAGGCCCUUGCCUCAUCCCUCUUCUUCCAGCACCACCAGUUCAUGUGUUCUGAGUGUGGCAGCCUGUAUAACACACUAGAGGAAGUUCUCUCACACCAAGAACAGCAUGUGCCCACUGUGCCAGAGGAGGAGGCACUGACCACGCAGGAUGCCGGCCUGCAACCAGAGCUAGUGGCAGACGCUGAGGAGGGGCCUUUCCAGUGUGGUGAAUGCAGCCAACUCAUCCUCUCUCCCAGUGAGCUCCUGGCCCACCAGGAUGCUCACCUCCGGGAGUCUGCAAGCCAGAUUCAGUACCAGUGUGGGGAUUGUGAGGAGCUCUUCCCCUCCCCCGAGCUGUGGGUGGCUCAUCGCAAGGCUCAGCACCUUUCUGCUACAGUAGCCGAGUCAUCAGCACCACCUCCGUUGCCUCCCUCCACUCCACCCCCUCCACCUCCUGAAGUCAAGAUGGAGCCCUAUGAAUGUCCUGAGUGUGCCACCCUCUGUGCCACCCCAGAGGAAUUCUUGGAACAUCAGGGCACUCACUUUGACUCCCUGGAGAAAGAAGAACAUAAUGGGUUAGAGGAGAAGGAGGAAGAUGAUGAAGAGGAUGAGGAAGAGGAGGAAGAGGAAGAGGAGGAGGAGGGAGCUCUGGACUUCGCUGAUGACACUAUGAGAGGUAACAUGUCCACAGCUGAUAGAGCCCAGGGCCACGAUGAUUGUUCCCAGCACUGUACCUCUGUAGGGGCUCGCCAGAGACACCGAAGAGCCUCUCGAGGAUCAGCAUCAGCUUCCCACCCCUUCCACUGCACUCAGUGUCAGCGCAGCUUCAGCUCAGCAAACCGGCUGCUGGCUCAUGGGCGGGCCCAUGUGGGUGGCACACACGAAUGUACAGCUUGCUCCAAGGUCUUCAAGAAGGCAGCCUCUCUUGAACAGCACCUGCGGCUGCACCGAGGAGAAGCUCGCUACCUCUGCGUGGACUGUGGACGGGGCUUUGGCACAGAACUCACAUUGGUGGCGCACCGUCGGGCUCACACUGCCAACCCACUGCAUCGCUGUCGCUGUGGCAAGACAUUCAGCAAUAUGACCAAAUUCCUGUACCAUCGGCGCACGCAUGCUGGGAAAAGCGGGUCUCCAGCUACAGCAACAACAGCCUCCCCAGCUCCAACAGAGCCAGAGCCCCCAACCCCGCCCCCUCCCCCACCUGCCCAGCUGCCCUGCCCACAGUGCCCCAAGUCUUUUGCCUCAGCCUCUCGGCUUUCCCGACACCGGCGUGCAGUACAUGGGCCCCCUGAACGGCGGCACCGUUGUGGGGUUUGUGGCAAGGGCUUCAAGAAGCUGGUCCAUGUACGCAACCACUUGCGGACACACACAGGUGAGAGACCUUUCCAGUGCCAUUCUUGUGGCAAGACAUUUGCUUCUUUAGCCAACCUCAGCCGCCACCAGCUGACCCACACAGGUGUGCGUCCCUAUCAGUGCCUGGAUUGUGGCAAGCGCUUUACACAGAGCUCCAACUUGCAGCAGCACCGGCGGCUGCACCUGCGGCCAGUCGCCUUCGCCCGUGCACCCCGGCUCCCCAUCACCGGUCUCUACAACAAGAGCCCCUACUAUUGCGGGACCUGUGGCCGCUGGUUCCGGGCCAUGGCAGGCCUUCGGCUGCAUCAGCGGGUCCAUGCCCGAGCCCGGUCUCUGACACUACAGCCUCCUAGAUCACCUUCUCCCGCCCCACCCCCAGCCCCUGAGCCACAGCAGACUAUCAUGUGCACAGAGCUCGGGGAGACCAUUGCCAUCAUUGAGACUUCCCAGCCACUGGCACUUGAGGACACACUGCAGCUGUGUCAGGCUGCACUAGGGGCCAGUGAAGCAAGUGGGCUGUUGCAGUUAGACACAGCCUUCGUGUGACAACAACAAUAAAAGGGUUUAGUUGCAACAGUGAGUAUGAGCACCUCUGGGGAGAAAAAGAGGACUACCCUUUUGACAAGCCAAUCUGGCAUUUACCAUGAGAUUCUUGUACCCAGUGAUUCCUCAAAACAGCCUUGCCAGGUUUCCUGUAUCACCUUUCUCUUCCUGAGGAGAAACUGAAGCUUGUAAAAUCCCAUGUGAUCUGUCCCAGGUCACCCUUCUGUAUUGCAAAAUGGGACUGCCAAAGCUCUUGGCAUCACCCUUGCCCUCAGCAAAAUCAGGUAAACUGAACAUGGACCAUGUUCCAAGUCUGUGCUGGACAUUGCAUAUACCUCUCAGCAUUCUCUGCUUGUCCCCCCACCCUAUCCUUUCUUGGAUUUUAGGUACCUAGGCCCUGUUUCUGCCUGGUAGAGAAAGGCACUUAU